UGGGUUGAUGUCAGGAAACGUCACGUCAAGAACAUCUGGUGUGUGUGUUGGUGUUGGUCGGAGGCGGAGUUGAAGCCACACCUCCCGGUGUUGGAAGACAGCAGCUAUAAGAGGCUCCGUCCCCUCUGUCGUCCCUCACAUCCUGAGUCCUGGACCCUCCAUCAACUGUCAGCAGUUUUACGCAGAGCCAGAACUUUAUGGACAUUAAUUCAUAGUUCGUGUUCAAUCUCUGCUCCUGACUCGAACUCAAAGACCAGAGCGGUCAACAUGGCUGUGGUUGAAGCUGUGAUGCCCGCAGUCUCCGCGUUUCCAAGUGUCCAAACUUCGGAAGACAAGCAUUUUGACAACCUGUGCAAGGCUGGCGCGUGUACGCGCAGCAGCAGCGCAGCAGGUGGCGGCGACAACCCGCUGAUUGAGGUGGAGUUCAGCAUCGUGCAGGCUCCAGCCCUCCCGCCCAGAGAGGACGACGAACUGGCCAAGUUCCUGGACCUCGAGUUCAUUUUGUCCAACACAGUGGACUCCGCUGAUGUUGUGAGCAGCAGCAGCAGCAACGUUUCUCCUCCACCUCCGGUGCAGCAGUGUGCGUAUUCUCUGCCAGACUCCCCGGAGAGCUGCGGUUCGCUGCCGGACUGCAGCGAGCACCCGUCACCGCACCUGGCCGCGCACAGUUACCCAGAAACCGUAGCGACGUUCACGAGCUCCAGACCCGUGCCCAGCCUAAUGGCGGAGCUUCUCACCCCCGAGCUAAACUACCCCGGGGAGAGUUCACCCGAGAGUGCGGGGAAGCCGAGGGAUGGACGGGAGUACACGGAACUGCGGGCGUUAAAUCCCGUCAUCAUCCCGACUUCACCAGAACAACAAGCGCCACCUUCACUGCUUGGAUUCAAAAUAAAAAACGAGCCAGUAGAUCAGUCGUGUAUGAUGACUGCUGCUGCUGCUGCAGGUGGAGAACACUUUAUGGGACAAGUGUUUGAAAAGCACCAGAUUCGCUCCGUUCACCCUGCUGCGUUUUCGCACCACCACCAGCAGCACCAGCAGCACCAGCAGCAACAUGCUGCACUUCCUAAUGUCUACCACAUGCAGCUGCAUGUGGUAGACAUGGCGCCACAGGAACACACAGAGCUCCACCAUCUCAGCCAUCAUCAACAUCAUCAUCAUCAUCCUUCUCAAAACCACCAGCACCACCACCAGGCCCACUACAUGACUUCUCCGUACCAGCCACAGUUCACGCACCAGAGGUUGCCACAGUUCCAGGGACAGUACAGUAUGCACAGAGAGCCUGUGCACGUCCACCAGCAGCACUACCAAGCCUCCGUACAGGGUGUGAUGCUCACUCCACCCUCUUCGCCCUCGUUCGUUGAGUUUUACCCACAGGACGAAGUGGGCAGCAUUAAGCAGAAGCGGGGUCGCAGGUCGUGGGCCAGGAAACGAGCUGCAACCCACAACUGCGAGUUCCCCGGAUGUGGGAAAACCUACACCAAAAGUUCCCACCUCAAGGCGCACAUGCGGACUCACACUGGUGAGAAACCCUACCAUUGUAACUGGGAAGGCUGUGGCUGGAAGUUCGCCAGAUCAGAUGAGCUGACCCGUCACUUCAGAAAACAUACGGGUCACAGGCCGUUUCAGUGCCACCUCUGUGAGCGUGCCUUCUCCAGGUCCGAUCAUUUGGCCCUGCAUAUGAAGAGGCACAUGUAGGUCCACGCACUGGGACCAGAACGGACAUGUCAGUGGACCUGCUGACAUUACCGUAGUGCCUUUAGUCAGAGCGUCUUCAUCAAAAACAAAUGUACUUCAUGGAUCAAGUGCCUUCCUGUCAGGAGAGAGUGAAUGGAUGGAUGUGGAUGUUUUUUUUUCUGUGUAUAUUUGAAUAUUUUUGGUCAUAAAUUAUGCUAGUUGGAUUAUUUAAGACAGUAACUCACCCUGUCUGUUGAUUAACUUAUUGAUCGGGCAUUGAGUUAUGUUGACUACAUGGGCCGGACCCACUGUACAUACAUGUGAAUAGUAUUUUUCUAAGGUCUUUGAUAAUGCUCGGAUAAGGACAGGGUUUUUAAAGAUGACUUUUCAAUUUAGUUUUUUUUAAUUAUUAUUAUUUACAUACUGUGCAACAUAUUUUUUGUAAAUUUGCCUAUAAGCGCUAAAUGUAGGCCAGUCCUACGCUUUCUAUGGUUUUUUGAAGGUUUCUUUCAGCAACGCAAAAUCAUUCAGGUACUGAAAUAAUUUCUCUGACAGCCAAAAUGAGGUUUUCUUCAUCACACAGUGUUUUUAGGGAUACAGUGCUUUGUGUUUUGUCAACGCCUGUACAGGAACAAGAACAAUUGAUUUUCUUUUUUAUGUUUUUGCUGAAAAUUAAAGUCAAAAUACAAAACAUG